UCAUUCUAAUGCGCCUUCUAUAGAUACAGAAUGACUCCGGCGCCAAGAAGCGGCGCGUUGAGGCCGCCUCUACUGUUUGGAUGGAAUAUCAACAAACCAAAUACCGGUGAUCUACUAAGGAUCAUUAAAAUUACGGAAAGUGUGGGUGUGUCAUUUGUUUCACUAAAUUUAAAUUCCGCUGACGAUGGAGGAAGUGAUGAGACUUUUGUACCACUAUGCGGAAGUGACCUUGUUCUGACAUAUGACUACUGGAGCCAGAGAAUAGUAGCUAGAGUUGAUAAUAUCAAAGGAUCGUUCAAAGCUUAUCUAGAAUGGGCUGCAUACUUAGGUUUGAGGGCGGUGUGUAUCCGCUGCGAGUUGGUUUUCCACCAAGGAGAUUCCGUAACGGAUACACAUGAACUCCUGGCAAACCUUGCGCAGAGACUUAAAGCAUAUCUGCACUCACCGAACAUGCCUACGGUAUGUCUGUCUUUCGACGCUAGCAAUACAGCCUGGGAAUACUGGAGAGCAAUUCAUCAAAUGACGAACUAUUCUUCACAGCUGAAAGUGGCGAUCAUUAUUGAUGAAGGCAAUACUGAAUACUUAGAAAGGUGGAUAGCUGAGCCUCUUGCGGCAGUUAUUAUAAGGGAAUCAUUAUUCAAGAAGCAUGGUGAUGUAGUCUCCCUUGAUCCUAGCAUUAUAAAGUCUCUCAAAUUCUUGCUCAUGUAUGACGUCAAGAUUAUGCUGUCUGGGAGUUUCGAUUUCCAUUUGUUGAGGGAAGCUAGUGAACUGCGUAGCAAUGAUUCGCUGGAGCUGCUAUCGCUAAAGGAUCUAGAUGUUCCACCGAUGCCAAAUGGCAUUACUGUAAAGGAAGCUAUCGGAACUAUCAAAGCUAUAUACGCAGCUAUGCCGCCUUUGACGGAAGCUGAAAAGUUCAAACAGGGCUUCUAUGAUGUAUUACAAGAACCACUACAACCCGUACGUGAUAACCUAGAAACAGCUACAUACGAAAAUUUUGAACGUUGUACAAGAAAAUAUGCCCAGUACGAAGCUGCAAUCAGCGCGUGGUUAAAGGACUAUUUGAAUGGGAAAAUAGGCAGCCAAGAUGAGAAUGUUAGACAGGAUUGUGGCAAAAGUAAGGCCCCAGUAAUUUAUAUUGUAGGGGCUGGAAGAGGACCAUUAGUUGAUUGCAGUCUGAGAGCAUUAGCGUAUCACAAUGUGGAGGAGUAUUCCAUCUUUGCCCUGGAAAAGAACCCAGCGGCAGUAUUUGCAUUGAAGCACAAAAUAGCCACCAAUGCAAUUAAAGGAUGGGACAAGGUACAAAUCAUAUUUCACGACAUGCGUACAUUAAAACCUACUAUACCUGCCGAUCUGGUGCUAAGUGAGUUGCUUGGAUCAUUCGGUGACAACGAACUUGCACCAGAAUGUCUUGACGGCGUGCAACAUGCAUUUUAUAAGGCAUUUCCUAACCAUCAUGUGACAUUUAUGCCAUACAGCUUUAUAUCGUACGCGGAACCGAUUUAUGCCCCUAAAGUAUGGUCAACGAUAAAGCAAAUGCAGGUAGAGAAGCAUUUCCAGCAACCAUAUAUAGUGGCAUUAAAUAAAAUCUGCAAGAUAACAGAUGGGCCUAAGCCGUGCUUUAAGUUCGCCCACCCCAACGAAUAUGUAACGAAAUGGAAGCAAGAGGAUGAUACCUUCCCUGGUAUGCCACAGGGAAACAAUGAUCACAACAACCGAUACAUGUGCAUGACGUACAAGGCUAAUUUAAAUUGCUUCAUACACGGAUUCGCUGGAUAUUUCGAAUGUAUGCUGUAUAAUGAUAUCAAGAUUUCAAUUCUUCCCGGGGUUAUGGAUGACCAAAUAAGCUGGUUCCCAAUGUUUUUCCCACUCAUAUCGCCAGUGUACGUUAAGGAAUCACAAUCUAUCAUGGUCCAUUUCUGGAGAAAACAUGAUGAACGCCGUGUAUGGUACGAAUGGACUCUGACCCUACCACACGUUACAAAUGUACACAAUUCCAAUGGUAUCUGCCAUUCGGUUCUCCGAUAGAGAGUACCGACCUAAACGUUCAGUGUCCCAACUGUUUAGGGUACACUAUA